AUGGUUGAAGAUUCCAGUUUGAAUUCCAACAAAUCAAAGACUAAAACAACACGCCCUAAAGCGGUGUACUUGUGGACGGAGGCCGAUGUUCAGAAAUGGUUAAGACGACACUGCAGUGAUUAUUACAAUCUUUACUGGGAGAAAUUCCAUGAGCAUGAUAUAACAGGCAGAGCUUUAGUCAGAAUUAAUGACAACACACUGCUGCGCAUGGGCAUCAUGAACAAGGAACACCGUGAAGCAAUAUGGAGAGAGAUACUGAAGUUGAGGUUAAAGGCUGACAUAGUGGAGAUCAGAGACUUGGAGAGGAGACACAACUACUUCAACUAUGAUUUGUGA